AUGUCAAUUGACACAGUUCGUUGGUUGACCUUCCAAGCUUAUGCUUUACGAGGACAUGAUGAAACUCCUGAUUCCAAAAAUCAUGGUAAUUUUCACCAACUACUAAAACUUCUAGCGUCGUAUAAUGAUGAAGUUGCAAACGUUAUAUUAGAGAAAGCUCCUUAUAAUUCAAAGUAUACUUCUAGGGAAAUUCAAAAUGAAAUUCUUAGUAUUAUUGCAAAUAAAGUUCAAAAGCAUAUUCGUAGUGAAGUGGGGGAUUCAUACAUUUGUGUCAUGGUUGAUGAGUCACGGGAUGAGUCUAAAAAAGAGAAAAUGGCGAUAGUUUUGAGAUUUGUUGAUGCGGAAGGAAUCAUACGGGAAAGAUUGCAACUAGCCUUGGUGGCUGCUUCAAGGGAAAUUAUUCCGGUACACCAAUUUUUCACAAACUUGAUUCUUACAAUUAAUGUAGUUUGUGCUUCCAGUAAGCAUCAUAAUGAGUUACAAAAGGAAAAUGCAACUGAGAUUGAACAAUUAUUAGAAGUAGGUCAAAUCGAAUCAGCCACAUUGGACAAACAAUUACACGAGUUGAAUAGUAGAUUCAAUGAUCGGACGAUGGAGUUGUUAAGUCUUAGUUCUUCUUUAGUUUCUAAAGUGAUUAAUGUUGAUCAAAUUUGUCUUCUUGUUGAGAAGUAUUAUCUUGAAGAUUUUACAGAGCAAGAGAUGAUUCAAUUACGAUAUCAAAUGGAGAUUUUUAAUAUUGAUAUCACAAAGAAUCCCAUGCUAAGUGGUGUAUCAACUAUUUCUGACCUAUGUAAGCGUCUUGUGGAAACUCAGAAACGUGAGACAUAUUAUUUGCUUGAUAGAGUGGUUCGGUUAAUCUUGACACUUCCGGUUUCUACCUCAACAACAGAGAGGGGAUUUUCAGCAAUGAAAAUAUUCAAGAACCGUCUUCGCAAUAAGAUGUCAGAUGAUUUUCUCGCAAACAACUUGGUGAUUUACAAAAAAAGAAAAAUCGUUGCAAAUAUUGAUUUGAAGUCUGUAAUUGAUGAUUUUAAAGACAUUAAAGGUCGUUGGACUGAGUUUUAA